GCCCUCGUCUCUAGAAUUAUGAAUCAACAAGCAUUACCUUCAUUUCCUAUAAAUAACAAAGAAAUUCAAUUUCUUGCACAGGAAACCACAACUUUGAUUGUAAAGAAUUUACCAAGUUAUUCCGAACCUGAUCUGAUUGAUUUCCUAAAACAUUUCGGUCCACGAGAAAUUCGUCUUGGAAAAUCACAGCAAUUGAAAAAUUCGGCUUUUCUUGAUUUUCCUGAUCGCGUAUCGGCUGAAACAGCAUUUUCCAAAAUCCAUGAAAUUGGAAGUGUUGCUGGUAAAAAUAUUAGAGUGGAAUAUGCAUUACCUAGCAAGGAGGCUCUGAAGAUUGCAGAUGGCGAAAAUGGAGUUAUUCCUGUGGAAUCUUCUCAGACAGAUAUUGUUUUUAUCGUGUUAAAUUAUCCACCCGCACCAACGCUUUAUUAUCGAUAUCCACCUCCAACAGUUGAAAUUCUUCAAAACAUUAUGAAUGCAAUAGCAGCUGUGCCUAAAUUAUAUACGCAGGUGUUACACCUUAUGAACAAAAUGAAUCUGCCACCACCGUUUAGUCCAGUGGUACCUGAAUCAAUCCCAACUAUUCUUCAACAACACCUAUCGGAGGUGCAUAAUACCGAGGAUCGUAACAAUAAGAAGCGAAAAAAGAAGGAUGAUUUAUUAUCAGAAGACGAAUCAGAGAUUGAAAGUGAAGACGAAGAAGAACAGAGCAAUAUUAAAUCGAAGAAGAAAGUCAAAACAAGCAUUCCUGGCACAAUUCAACUUAUGCCAUCAAUCACUACAAUGGACAAAUCAUAUUUAAACACGUUGAAUGCAACGUCACUAUUAAAUCCAAAAAAUGUUCUUCCUUCACAAGUAGCACAAAAACCACAAUUUUUUGACGCAACCAUGCUAAAUAAUACUUCGACAUCACAAGCUGUAGCUCCUUCUGACCCAAUAAUACAACAUUCAGAACAUCACAAUUGUAUUACUAUUGAAGAAAUCAAUAAAAAUAAGAAGUCUAAUGAAGAGUUAAAAAAGCUUCCCAUGAUGAAAAAGUACGCACCUGGAGAACCUAGUAGAACGUUGUAUAUUAAGAAUUUAGCUCAAAAGAAAAUUGAAGAGAAAGAUUUAGAGUACCUUUUUGGCAAAUAUUUCAAUUCAUAUUCGGACAUGAAGAGUAACCUGGAAAUUCAACUGAUGAAGGAAGGACGAAUGAGAGGACAAGCAUUUAUAAAGUUUCCAAAUAUAGAAAUGGCGACUCGAGCUUUAAAUGAACUUCAUGGUUAUGUAGUGCACGAUAAACCGAUGGUUAUA